AUGGGCGCAGACGAGUACCAACCACCCGCAACCGACCUCAUCACCCUCACCAGACAUGUCCUUCAAGAAGGCUUCGACAGGCAUGGACGAGGCGCUGCUUCCGGUGAUCUCACCAUCCUCCUCAGCUCGCUUCAGACCACCUGCAAGUUCAUCGAGUCCAUGGUGCGCAAAGCCAGCCUGAUCAACCUCAUCGGCGCAGCAGGCAACACCAAUGUACAAGGCGAGGACCAAAAGAAGCUCGAUGUCCUCUCCAAUGACAUCAUGAUCAAUGCCCUCCGUGCUUCUGGCAAAGCCGCCGUGCUAGUCUCCGAAGAAAACGACGAGGCCAUCUUCGUCGAGAAGCGCCAGACUGGAGACACCUUUGAGUCCAACAAGGGAAAGUACUGCGUCGUAUUUGACCCCCUGGACGGAUCAAGCAACAUUGACGCUGGUGUCAACAUUGGUACCAUCUUUGGUAUCUACCUCGUACGAGAUGGCUCAAAGGGCGAGCUUGGCGAUGUGCUCCGACCCGGUAGCGAGAUGGUUGCAGCUGGAUACUGCAUGUACGGUUCCAGUGCCAACUUGGUCCUUACUACUGGAAACGGAGUCAAUGGCUACACCCUCGACAACGGAAUUGGAGAGUUCAUCCUCACACAUCCCAACAUCACACUGCCCGCCAGGGGAAAGAUCUACUCGAUCAAUGAAGGAAACAGCUGUUACUACCAUGAGCCAGUGCUCAAGUACCUCGACAGCAUCAAGCAUCCCAAGGACGGCAAGAAGCCCUACUCUGCUAGGUACAUCGGAUCCAUGGUGGCAGAUGUGCACAGGACGCUUCUCUACGGAGGAAUCUUCGGCUACCCCGAGGACACAAAGUCCAAGAGCGGCAAGCUGCGUCUCCUCUACGAAGCCUUCCCAAUGGCCUUCCUUACCGAGCAGGCCGGCGGAAUCGCCACGACGGGCAAGGGCAGGGUGCUGGACGUGCAGCCAAAGGACAUUCACGAGAGGUGUCCCAUCUGGCUGGGAUCAAAGGAUGAUGUUAAUGACGUGCUGAGCUUCUACAAGUAG